UCCUUUCGAUGGGCUGGAUCCUACCUGGUAUAUUAUUCCUGAUGGUGUUCAGACUUUUCAUCAGUUAUCUUCAGUACAAAGGUUUUAGGAUAGAACUUCAUUACUUCAGAGUAGUGGAAGACAAAGAUGAUUCUGAAGAAAAAGAAUUGGGUGUGGCAGAUAAAUUCAAUAUUGUAGUACAGGUAGCUACGAAAGUACAGAAUACCUUAGGUUUACUGGCAGAUCAAAUGGAAAAGUUGAAAAAUUUGUUGACUUGGCAGGAGCCAGAGCAGACACAGAGAUUGUUUGGGGUGCUCAUUGCCUUAUUUAUUGCCUCUUGUCUUCUUCCUGGCAGAAUUUUCUUCUUUAUAGCAGGUCUGCAGGUUGGAUUCAAGUUAUUUAUCCAGGACCCAAUAUUUAACCGAUUUCCUCGUGUUAAAGAGAAGUAUGAUACAGUUUACAAAAUGUGGAAGAUUCUUCCUACUGAUGAUCAGCUGCAGAAGAGAGACAGCAGAGCCAAGAUGCUAAAGUUUGUGUUGGAGCCGUCUCCCAGCUCAUCAUCAAUCUCAGUGACCAGUGGAAGUCAGCCUAAGCCAGCUGUGGACUUUGACCUCCCUGCCACAGGUGCAGAAAGGGCAUUCCAAGAGCUGUUUUCACUCCCUGUAUCUGAGGUUCCUCUGACAGACUGGAAGAGUGGGCGAAAGUGUGUGCUUAUAGAUAAAGAAAAGUCUAUAACGUCUUCACUGGCUCAUGGCAAGAUGUACCUGACUAAAAGUUUCCUUUGUUUUGAAAACUCCAGGAAUCCGGAGGAACAUAUAAAUAUCCCUCUCUCAGAAAUCACCAGACUUAUCAAGGCCAAACCAUUUUCCUGGAUGCCAGGAAGUGGGAUGUCUCUAGAGAUAACUGUCAAAGACAAGGACAAGCCGUAUAUUUUUGGAGGAAUAUUACAUCGAGAUGCUGUCUAUAAGAGCAUCAUCAAAACGGCCAAGGAUGCCCAUCUUGACUGGGCACUAGAUGUCUCUGCCAACAAGACAAGCUCAGUUCUCAGUUUGAGCUCACUGAGAGCUGCAGAAGACCAAUAAGUUACUUCUGUUGAAGGUAUUGCUGUUGCUUAUUCAAGAGACCCUUCAUAUUUAUAUGGUCUGAUGAAUCAUUUUGAAUCACAAAUGUGAUUGUAUUAAGUCAUUUUGAUUGAUAUAUGUACAUGUAUAAGACUAUCGUGUUGCAAAAUUUUGAGAUUUGAUUUAAUUGAUCUCAUAAAUGGCUGUGAUACUUAUGAACUAAUUACCUUUAAGUUCUCAAUGUAUUUGGUAGCUUUUUACUGUGUAUUCUAUGAAUAUAUUCUCUUGUUUUUCAAAUUGCUGAUUACUCGCAUUUUCAUCAUUUCAAGGUUAAUUGAUGACUUAAAGGUAUAUUAUAGAUAAGAAUAGAAAAUUCAAGAGUUUUUUAUUUGUCUGAAUUAGCAAAAACUGAUUAGUUGAUAAGGGCAUUUUUUACAAAUAAAGCUAACUGCCUUUGAAAACAGUUUGUUUCUAUAACAAAAUAAGUUGUAUUGAGAUAAAAAUAUGUGAAAGGAUUUCAUAUGUUGAUUAGCUCAGUCUUAUAUCUUUGAUUGUAUGUUAUUUUUGAAAUAGUAUCUAUUUCAAUAUGUCUUGUAAUUCAGAUAAACGUAAUAAUUGAAAGGGAAAAGUAUGCACAUAUAAUAUUAACAUAAGCAGGAAGAAACUGAAGGUAGGGUGGCAUUGCCCUGUUUGCUUUUAUUAUUUUAAAUGCAGUUGUGGUUUUUU